UGCUAUCUUUUCUGCUCUCAGUUCAUUCCAGACACCAUCAGGCGAACAAACUUUGCCUCUGAGAUUUUUUAUUAACAAACAUUUUUUCAUUUUCCCAACAAAACUCUUUGGACACGAUGUUUUCCUGUUACCUUUUCCUCUUUAUUUCUUUGAUAAUAUCCUUCCGAGACGUCCAUGUGUCCACCUCUGAUUCUAGCUGCACAGACAAUCCUGUGUUCACUCCGUCUGCACUGGUAUUGAAGUACGGUGACCCAGCCAAUGCUACAUGUGUUGUAUGUCAGAAAGACUGCAGGGGAACUGUUUUUGGUUUGGAGCACGCUGUGGGAAAAGUUACAGGACAUGGAACCACGAUGUUGUGGAAAGUUGACAGACUGACUGUAUGGGACACAUCUCUCAUAUGCUAUUAUAACACUGAUGCUGGUGAUCAGUGUUCUAGCAUUCUGGAUAUAACCAUCUAUCAGCCUCCAGAAAGUGUCUCCAUCAGCUUUGUAAACCACACUGGGAUGAUGUUUGAGAAUCAGCAGUACACCCUGCAGUGUAGCGUACAGAACGUAGCUCCUGUUCAGAGCCUCACUGUGACCUUCUACAGAGGAAACACAGCACUGGGUCACCUACAGUCCAACAGUGAACAGAAGAAACCAGUGAAUGAGACCUUUACUCUGAACAUCACUCCCAGUAGAGAACAUGAUGGAGCCCAGUACUGGUGCGAAACCAAGCUGGAGCUGGGACCAGCUGGACCACAGCGCCCUCCAGUGGUGACAUCAGAAAAACUCCCUGCUAUAGUUCACUAUGGGCCUGAGCUAAAGGAGCCACCAAAUCCAGAUGUGAUCACAAUCACAGAAGGAGACACUCUACACCUGAACUGCUCCUCUGUGGGAAACCCCAGCCCCUCAUACACCUGGACACUUUCAACAAAUAGUUCUUCCUACAGUGGCAGCGUUCUCACUAUUAAAUCUGUCGGCUUUGAGCAUGAAGGACAGUAUAUCUGCACUGUGAGCAACACAGUAGGGACUGUCACCAAGGAGUUUAACAUUGAUGUACAAGUCAACUCCAUCCCAUAUAUAAUAGCUGGGACAAUACUGGGAGCUCUGGUCCUUGUCGGACUGUCAGUGGGAUGCUACUGCAAACACAACUGAAUGGGAAACUACAAACUCAACAAAAUUAUUGUAAGUGACAGCUGAAGAAAUGACUAAAUGGUUAACACGUGCUUUUGAUACAAGCUGCUCAUCAGAAUCAGUAACGGUCUGUCUUUAUUAAGUAAACUUAUUGCUUGGAAAAAGCACAAUUGCAAUGGAAGGUUCUCCCCAAUAUCUCUUUGUUUAAAUGUGGUGUUCAAACUGGGCCCACGGGGUCUUUGAGGGUCUCUGCUAGAUAAAUGUCCCCUCUGUUCUUCACUUGUUGGCUGAUUCUCUCCUUAAUCAUUCUCUGCUUGAUAAUGCAGGCUAUUUUCACUCAAACCUAAAAUCCCUAAUACAUCUCAUAGGUAUU